GUCGUCUCGGUGCGCCUCGGCGAACGGCGGGAGGUGGGGGACGUGGCCUUCAGCGACGAGCUCACCUAUCAGGUCGUCCACAAGAGGCGCAGGUUCGGAGUGCAGAGACAGGUCAGACCUGGGUUCCCGCGCUUCAGCAUCGAGGAUCCUAUAGAG